GCUGCUCCCCCACCGCCUUGCCCCCUCCCCCCAUCUUCCCUCUCCCCUCUCCCCACGCAGUCUGGUUCUACUUCGGUGUCAUGGGCUCCUUCCUCUUCAUCCUCAUCCAGCUGGUGCUGCUCAUCGACUUCGCUCACUCCUGGAACCAGCGGUGGCUGGGCAAGGCUGAGGAGUGUGACUCCCGGGCCUGGUAUGCAGGCCUCUUCUUCUUCACCCUCCUCUUCUACACACUGUCCAUUGCGGCCGUGACACUGCUGUUCAUCUACUACACCCAGCCCGGCACCUGCUAUGAAGGCAAGGUCUUCAUCAGCCUCAACCUCACUCUCUGCUUCUGUGUCUCCACUGUCGCCGUCCUGCCCAAGGUCCAGGACGCCCAGCCCAACUCGGGUCUGCUGCAGGCCUCGGUCAUCACGCUCUACACCAUGUUUGUCACCUGGCUGGCCCUGUCCAGUGUCCCUGACCAGAAAUGCAACCCCCACCUGCUGACCCGCUUCAGCAAUGAGACGAUCCUGGCAGGCCCUGACGGCUACGAGACCCACUGGUGGGAUGCACCGAGCAUCGUGGGACUCAUCAUCUUUAUCCUGUGCACCCUCUUCAUCGGUCUGCGCUCCUCGGACCACCGGCAGGUGAACAGCCUGAUGCAGACGGAGGAGUGUCCGUCCACACUGGAAGUCACGCAGCAGCGACAGGUGGUGGAAUGCCAGGGCCGGGCCUUUGACAACGAGCAGGACGCUGUCACCUACAGCUACUCUUUCUUCCACUUCUGCCUGGUGCUUGCGUCCCUGCACAUAAUGAUGACGCUUACCAGCUGGUACAGACCCGGCGAGACCCGGAAGAUGAUCAGCACUUGGACCGCCGUGUGGGUGAAGAUCUGCGCCAGCUGGGCGGGGCUGCUCCUUUACCUGUGGACCCUGGUGGCCCCGCUCCUCCUGCCAAACCGCGACUUCAGCUGAGGCAGCCCCCUGCAGCCUGCCCACCUGGUGCCUCGGGGCUCAGUGAGUCAGCCCGCUGAGCCCCUACCCCUACCCACCUCCAGGACUUGCCCCUGAGCUGGGCCCCCUGUUCUUAGUGCCUUCAGGGAGGGGGAGCCUCAGGCCCAAGCCUGAGCCCUACCUUCCCGCUCCCUCCAGACCACAGAGCUGCCUCUUCCUUACCCUUGGCCCCCAUCCCCUGCACUCACCCUCUUGGGAAAGAAGGGCCCCUUAUUCUUAGGCUCCCUGGGAGAGGGACCUGAAAGAGAGAAGCACUCAGAGCCACUCAGAGAGUGGGAGCACUCCCCAGGCUGGGGUGCCCAGCACUGAGGCCUGGGUAGUGCCGACCACGUCCCCCAGGGCAUGCCACCUCCUUCCUGGACUCCGUGCCUUACUGAGUCUCCGUGACUUUGCGCAAUAAAGCAGCCAGUGUAUGUA